GUAUUUUAUUCUAUGAACUAUACAAUAACCUAAAAAAUUGAUCAUUUUCUGACAUUAUCUAGCUUUUGAUAGAGAACAAUUUUGGAUGAAGCCAAAAUUCUAAUAAGAAAUAAGUAAAUUAUCAUUCUCAAUUACUCAAAAUGCUCAUCAAAGUAAAGACCUUAACCGGGAAGGAAAUCGAAAUUGAUAUCGAACCAACGGAUAAAGUUGAAAGAAUAAAAGAAAGGGUCGAAGAAAAGGAAGGAAUACCUCCUCAACAGCAAAGACUGAUUUUUUCAGGAAAACAAAUGAAUGAUGAAAAAACUGCCCAAGACUACAAAGUACAAGGAGGUUCUGUAUUGCAUUUAGUACUGGCUCUCCGUGGAGGUUUACUUUCAUGAAGUUUCUUAAUUUAUUCAAUUUAAUGUUUUUCAUGUAAUCGUCUAUAAGUAUCAAUAAAUAUUUGUUUUUCUAACGAUGCUA